AUGGGGCCAAGAAAAAUAUUGUCGAUUCUGAAGAAGAAAGAUGUUGUGCAAUACCUAGCAAGGUGUAAGGAAUUGCUGCGCGAUGAUGGUUUUAUAAUUGUGAUCGAGACAACGUCAGACUACGAAAUAGCACUCGCAAUCCAAGGUCUCAGUGGUGAACCGUUGAGCAUCAGUGAUUCGGGCCGUAUCUAUGGUGCCUACUUUACACAUGAGCAAUUGCUAGCCUUGUACAAGCAGUGCGGAUUCCGCCUAUGUAACUAUCAGGGUGAUCCGUCCAUGAUGACAACAGCUUAUGCAAUUCGGAAGAUCCCGUCACAGCUGAAGGAACCAGUGGUGGUCGAUGUGGAUGAUAUAAAAGAAUUCACUUGGAUUGAGCCUUUGCAAAAAAUCAUUGAGGAACGUUUGAGCGAACCUGAUUAUAAAACAGUUUGGUUGACUAGUACAACGAUACGCAACAAUGGCUUGCUUGGACUAGCACUGUGCUUUAAGUAG